GAUGACUUGUUAAUGGGGUGGGCCGCUGCGGGUGGUGUCAGUUUCUUAGCUCCGAUCAGGAAAAGUGGCGCGGGGCGGACAGGAAAGUGAGCGUCAUGCUGACGAUUUGCAUGGCCUCUCCGCGAUUGGACCACAAGUCAGCGAGCAGAUUACAAGCGCUGAUCUGGGAUCUUUUUCUUCUCAGGCCGAGGCGCUCGUGCGACACUUGGGUCAAGGCUCAAUCUGACCUGUCCAGGACUCGGCCGAGACCCUCGUCAAGAAGACAAGGGACGCGACACUUGCGGCCGACCCCCCCUCCCAAAAGUUGGCGGAAGCUCCGAGGGUGAAAGCCCCCGGAUCUUCAGCCCUGAUGGCAAGGGCAGGGUCUGGCAUUCAAUUGGAUUAAGCAAGCGGGAGGUGGAUUAGCUGGCCGGCGUGCCGUGCCUGCACGUCACCGUGGAGACGCCAGAAUAGCAACAACAUGGCCGCCAACUCGCCAGUCUUCCAGCCAUUUGACAUCCGAACGGGAGGUCCAGAACAAAACUUUAGCCGGCUUCUAUUUUUUGCUCUGACCAUUCCGGUGGCGGACGAAUGAAGGCAAAAGGGCAGCGGCGCGAGCGCUGGUGCCGGUGAAGUCGAAUGACAGUGUCAAUUUUGGAUGACGUUCACGCGUUCUGUUCUUCAUGCGUUCAUCUUUGAGAGACGAUAUGGACCAAGGCCGUUGGUGGCAUGACGGCGAAGCCAUCGCCACGCAACAGGUGUCAUGGCAACCAUCCACAGACGGCGAGUGUCUCAUUGGCCGUAUUUUGCUGAACAAGACCACCAAGGACGGAUCCAUUCAUGCAGACGCCAGCGCGCUGCUCGGGCUCAAGGUGGUUGGCGGUAAAGUGACGGAUUCCGGUCACCUGGGCGCGUUCAUCACUAAAGUGAAACAAGGGAGUCUGGCGGACAUUGUGGGACAACUGCGACCAGGUGAUCAAGUGCUGGAGUGGAACGGUCACCUUCUACAAGGAGCUACCUUCGACGAAGUUUACAACAUCAUCCUGGAGUCCCAAUCGGAGCCGCGAGUGGAGCUGUUGGUAUCGCGACCAAUCAGCAGAGCGGCAGACUCCGCCCAUCGCCAGCCCGUCUCCGGUUCCUUUGAGUCUCCCAUAAGUCCAAACGCCAUGCAAGCUCAGGUCUCGAUGCAAGAUGCCACGCCGUGUUCCUAUCAACCGAAACGAGAUUUGCCAUUGUUGUUUCAGACGGCGAGCAAGCGUGUUUUGCUUCCCAGACUUCAGGUGAAGCUGUGGUACGAUAAACUUGGCCAUCAGUUAAUGGUCACCGUCCUGGGAGCUAAAGAACUUCCCGUCCGGGUCGACGGGCGACCUCGGAACCUUUACGUUGAAAUCUACUUACUUCCCGACAGAAGUGCUCAGAGUAAGCGGAGGACAAAGACGGUGAAAAAACUGGCAGAACCUCGGUGGAAUCAGACUUUGGCGUACUGUCCGGUCCACGAACGGGACUUGCGAGAGCGUGCGCUGGAGUUGACCGUGUGGGAUCAGGCUGGAGUCGCUGAGGAAGGGAGUCAGUUCCUUGGAGAGGUUGUGAUCGGGCUGGAGAAAAGCACCGUAUUGGACGAUCAGCCUCACUGGUUCAAACUUCACAGGAGUAGUUUUGCCUCCCUGCCACGAGUCAACACUUCUCCCUACCUCCAGAGGAGACGACUGUCGCCCGGGAGGUUGCAUAGUUUUCAUAGGUUCAGCGACGGAGACUUUUCCGAUUAUGACUACGAGGACGGCGUAUUAGACACCCGGCAGGGCGGCCGGCACCUCUACACCGAACGCGGGCCACCGCCGCCGCUGGCCCCUCCCGCCUUGCGCUGUGACCCAAACCCGGUCAGGUGCUCAUCUCCAAUCCACAGCGCAGCCCCUCUUUAUCCGCUGUAUCGCAACGACGCCGUCCAUCUACUACGAUCCUCCAAGAUCACUCGAGCUCAUUCGGACGUCGGACGCCGCGGGAGCCUGGAUAAGGGGUCAUUGAGGAGGAGGCGGUCCGGAGCCAUCUCUCUUGAUUUUCCCGACUGUCACUCUGGAGGAUUGUGCAACAGUUCCUGGCCCAAUUAUAAGGCAAACGGGAGCGCUGAGGACUUAAGCCAGAACUUUAUCCCAGACUUACAUUGGGAAGGAGAACUCUUUGACGAGGAGCUGCUGAGGGUCGAUGGGUCGCUCCAGAUGAGUCCUUGCGGAAGCCCCGAUUGCGGCCGCCGAGGACGCCAGUUGCCCGCAGUCCCGCCCAAACAUGCGCCGGACACACUUUUGACCACAGCUGCUAAAGGAGCAGCAACUGGAGCUGGUGCUUGGCCAACUCCUCGCUCCCCCGUCCAAUUGCACAGACAAGCUCCUCCCAGUGACAGCCAUCAAUGCCCACCGCUCAUUCGAAUACAAGCUCCGCCUCCUAGCGGACCGCUACAAUCGCAUCACCCGACUUGCGCCGUUGAGGCAUCAUCCUCCGCUACUGCGCCACAAAAGCCAGCUCCUCCUCCGACCCCUGUCGAAUCCCAUCCACCUAGUUUUGCAGGCUCGUCAACGCCUCAACAAGCCCCGCCCCCGCUGAGCACAACUUCUGCACCCUCCACUUGCCAGCAAGCCUCUCCCCCUCUUGUAACGACGACUCAGCAAGAUGAUCCCCCACACUUGACAACGACUCAAGACCCUCGCCCGGCGCCCACCCCGUGUCAUCAAGCUCCUCCAGCUCCCCCAGCAGCGAGCUGCUCUCCAGCUCCCCCAGCAGCGAGCUGCUCUCCAGCUCCACCCCCUCAGACGCCAGGUGCGUGCGCAAUGAUUGAUAAUGUAUCAGAGCCGGAGAGACGCUCUGCCACGCCUGGAAGCAGCAGGAAAGAGGUCACAUGGGAGGACCAGAGGACGAAAGCAGCAAAUGGUGAGAUGAAGGAUCCAGACAAGACACGGGACAGCCUGUCGUUGAAGUCAUCUCUCAGCAACUUGAGCGACUUGUCGACCGAGUCCGCCAUCCUCGACAACCUUCAAAGCAUUAGCCAGGUGGACGGUUCGGAGGGUCUGGACGUUCCUUCUGAGGACUCCGGGAUGGGAUCGGCAGAAAAACCCACCCUGCAGACCAAGGAUUCCAUGGAGGAAGGAGAGGAGGAGCCAGAGUCAACCAAGUCGGCCGCUGCACCAGCCGCUAAGCCCGCCAAUGCGGGCGGCGACAUUUGUUCCCUGAGCCGUAACGACGAUGAUGAUGAUGACAAGAAGCGGCGAUCUAGUUUGGGCGCUCGGGUGAUGGGCAUGGUGGGACUGGGAAAAAAGAGCCAAAGCGCCUCGCAACUCAAUCCGGAGGAGGAAGAGAAGAAGAAGAAAGCGGUGAGGCUUCCCGUUCAAAGAAGCGUGGAAACCGGACUGGCUGUGGAGUUUAAGGCUCGUUUCACCCGCCAGCCCAGCCGUGAUCCAGACGCAGAGGACCCCAAGCCCGGCGCGUUGAUCUUUCCGGGAGUCAAGCUGGCCUCAGACAAACACUUCACUGGCUUCCUCGAUGGCUUGGGUCCUGCCCAGCUGGCUGGCAGGCAGACGUUGGCCACGCCUCCCAUGGGAGACAUCCAGAUCGGCAUGGUCUACAGGAAGGAGCGCCUCGAUGUGGAGGUGAUCCGGGCCAGGGGGCUUGUGGGUAAACAAGGAAACAAAAACACACCAGCUGCGUAUGUGAAGGUCUACCUGAUGGACAACGGCAAAUGUCUGUUGAAACGAAGAACUCGUCUGGCCCGAAAAACGCUGGAUCCUCUUUAUCAACAACAGCUGCAGUUUGAAGAGAAUCCAGAAGGCAAAGUUCUGCAGAUCAUCGUGUGGGGUGAUUAUGGCAAGAUGGACCAUAAAUCCUUCAUGGGCGCUGCUCAAGUUCUACUGGAUGACUUGGACCUGUCCAUCAUGGUGAUUGGCUGGUUUAAACUGUUUCCCGCCAUUUCCCUGGUGGACCCCGCUUUGGCACCGCUGACGAAUAAGGAGACGGAGAGCAGCAGCGCGCCGUAAAGCAAACCAAAAAAGGGGACGUGUGCAAAGCGCCUCGUCGGCUGCGGCCUGGAUUAGCGCGAGCUAAAGGCUAGCAAGUCAUAAAACGGCCAGAGCAAGGACACUGCUUUCAGUUUAUCUUCCAUAAAGCUUGUGAAUAUUCUCAA